GCAGCUUCUGUCCCUCUUUCUUGGAUAGCGAGUAAAAUCGUCGAGAAGGGGCAGCGUCAAAGUCGACUGGGCUUCCCUUGCGUAUGUUGCCGCACUUGCCUCCAGGCGGAACGGCGACGCGGGUCGACUCGACUGUCCGUGAGCGUGAGGCGGCGGUGGCGGUGGUGGUGAGGAGUGUGGAGGCGGUGUGCAGUUGGUGAUGGUGGAGGAGCAGCAGCAGCAGCAGCAGCAGGAACAGGAACAGGAGGCAGUUCACUCGUCUUGUUCAGUACCAUCCUGCUCAUCCUAACACCGACGACUGUCCUGCAUCUCUUCGUCUGUGGACGUCCACGUCGCCAUGGACGCCAGCACCCGCCACCUCGUCGAGCGCAUGCUCGCCGAUGUUCACUUCCUGGCCCAGCAGGGUCACAUCAAAGUAAAAGACUAUCAAGCCAACACGAUCAGGGCUCAGCUCGAUCCCAUUCUCCAAAGCUCCGCAAGUCCUGCUGCUGCAUCCUCCCAGGCCUCUACCUUGCGACCAAGUCUCGCCGCCUCCUCGCCUUCUUCCUCCUCUUCCUUCCAGCAGAAGAUCAACUCGAAUACGUCUUCGAAAGCAGACACGCUAGCGGCUACCGCAAGGAACAAAGUCCCUCCCCCUCCACCACCUCUCCAGUCUGGAAUCCAAUCGCCAUCCACGCCAGCCGUCGCUGCUGAGGAGAUGCCAACGAGGGAUCUGGUCAAGGCUCUCUGGACGUUCGAUGCUGCUGGAGGCGAUGAUGAAAUGCCGUUCGAGGUGGGAGAUAUCAUCGAAGUUACCGAUCGCAGCGAUGCGGAUUGGUGGAAGGGCCAUGUGAAUGGUAGAGAGGGAGUUUUCCCGUGAGUUGCAUUGUGGAGAUGACAGGGAGAUGGCGACGGAUCGAAUGACCGGCUGAUCCCUGUGCUCUCCCUUGACCCUUUCAAUAGAUCAAACUACACUGAGCCGCAUCAAGGCACGAC